ACCUGUUGAGUGUCGGAGGGAAGUGUUGAAGGGUGGGCGUGGGCACGCGCAGUGGAGAGUGUACGCUGCUUCUGAGAGUCACGCACAGACAUCCGUCCUGCUUGCGCUUUCCGCUGCUCACUUUAACCAGUUACAAGAUCUGAACAGUUUGAAGCCUGAAGAUGUCGAAGAUCUGCUCUUUGGUGUUUUUGACAUUUAUGUCCCUGGUGUUUGUAAAGGCGGAGGCCGAGGAAGAGGAUCCAUUUACAUUUGACUACCACAGACUGCGGGUUGGAGGCCUCAUCCUGGCUGCCGUCCUCUGUCUCAUUGGCAUCACUAUUCUCUUCAGUGGCCACUGCAGGUGCAAGUUCAACCAGAACAAGAGAACAAGAUCAGGAAGCAACGCUCAGCAGAUGCUCAAUGAGAAAGGUAAUGUGAUUUAUACUCUUCUGCUAAUAUUUACUUAUUAGCAGGUUAUUCUCAGA